GUCAUUGCAAUUGAAGCGGAAUUUGAAGGGCAGACUUAAAGAUGGCAGCCCUUUGUUUUUUCUUUAGUCUCAAUAAUUUAUUACAACAGAAUCAAGCCACCUGAAAAUAGAAAUUCAGCUCCCACUUGAAAAUGAGCAACCUUGCAGACCCAGCGUUUCGUGAAGUAAAAGAGCCCCAAGGCGGACCGCAGGUUUCUUCGUCUGAUCUUUUCCGUCUGAACAACAGAACAAUCGUGGUCACUGGCGCGGCCGGCUUCUUAGGACGUGAGGUGGCUGGUUCCAUCCUUGAAGCAGGCGGAGACGUGGUCUGCCUUGACGUGGUCCCGACUCCGCCUCCCGAAUCAUGGGAACAUCUUGAAGGCGUGGCUAAGACGCAUGGUGGAGUCAUCCGCUACCUCCGCGUCGACAUCACCAAUCAUGAUAACAUCUCCGAGACCUUUGCCUCGUUCGUUCCCAAUUUGAGGCACCCCAUUCGAGGGCUCGUGGCAUGUGCCGGUGUUUCCGACAAUGACCCUGCACACGAAUUCUCCGCAGAGAGAUUUCAGCGCCUGUUGGAGAUCAAUGUCGUUGGAACAUUCUCAGUUGCUCAAGCUGUGGCAUUGGAGAUGAAGAAAGCAGAUGUUAGCGGCAGCAUGGUUCUCGUGGCGAGCAUGAGUGGCACUGUUGCAAAUAAGGGAGUGGACACUGCGGCAUACAAUACUUCCAAGUCGGGUGUGCUGCAACUCGCAAGGUCUUUGGCAGCUGAAUGGGGAUCCCGGAAGGGUAUGCCUCUGAUUCGAGUGAACACCUUGUCGCCUGGCUAUAUUCGAACUGCUGCAACUGCGGAGGCACUGAAGAAGCCAGGUAUGGAGAGCCAGUGGACUGGGGAUAAUAUGCUCUACCGAUUGAGUACAGUGGAUGAAUUUCGAGGGCCCGUACUGUUUUUGCUUGGGGAUGCCAGUAGCUUCAUGACUGGUGCAGACCUACGGGUUGAUGGAGGGCACUGUGCUUGGUAGAUGGAGUGUCUGCCAAUCCAGUCCGGGUCGGUCUUGAUCCAUUUCUUCCCAACCUGGCUUGAGGACAGACUGGGCUGGGCUCUGACCUCUUCUAUUAUAUAUAUAUAUAUAGAGGUGA